AUGAUCCGCAUCUGGUUGUUGUUAGCGGUUGGAAGCCUCGCUGCUGUUUCCUACGAUGCCGAGCAUCAAACAAAUCGCGGUGCUGACGACGAAUUAGUGCUGUCGGGCACGGGAGACUACAGCAGCCCCAUUGCCGACGUGAAAUCUGACGAGAAGCUGGAACGAAAGCGCCGGCAGAGUUCCAGCAGUCGGACGGCUUUAUCACUGCCAGAUAACACGAGCCUCAAAAUAGCGUUCGACAUGUCUGUGGGCAUCAGUCCACUCAACAACACCUUCUCCUCGUUCACCAUGAGCUUACCUUUCCGCUUCGUCUUGCCGACAUUCACGCAGCUCAACAAUCGCUACGGCAGUCUGGAUCAACUCGAAAAAGACCUGAGCGAUGAAGGGCAAAUCGAGAGCAAUCUGAUCGAUUACGACUUUCUCGAAGAACAACGAGCGAACGAACAGAGGCGGACCGUUUACCAACAUAUUGAGAUUCUGUUCAAAAAGUUUGGAUUCGACGGCGAAGUUUGUAUGCAACGGGCCAUUUGCGAGCUGGCCGAAGCUCCAUUGGCCCACCACGGAAUCCUAGGCAAACUGAUGCAUCUGGUUUUCACGCCAAGCCUGCUAGAAUUUCCCAAAAUCAUGCGACAGUUUCUGACCGCCCAUGGCAACAGCAACAACAACCGUGUCCGGCGCGAUGCUACGUUGCUGCCCGAGCUGGAGUUGAUUGAAAAGCCACUGGAAGACCAGUACACUCACGCUUAUCGCACUGGCAAAGAAAACAAGUGCUGGGCGCGCUACUCCUCCUGCCCCAUCUCCCUAUUCACGCUUCUAAAUAUUUAACUUCCGUGAGGAGAGAGUGUUUGAUGAAAUCAUAUUAUUAUUGUACGAUUGCCUCUAGCUACUAGCUGGUCAGCAGUUUUUUCUCGCUUAUCGCAUAGCCAAACAGAAAAGUUCCUACUACAACUAAUAAACAAAUUCAACUUUCAA